AUGGCUAUCAUAUGCACAGUAUUCUUCUUAAUUGUCUACUGCUCAUUAGUUUAUGGUGGAUGCCAUAUUAAUCAAGAUGAAUCAACGAAAAACGUUUAUGACAAUAUGAAGAAAUGGAAAAUCUUUGGAAACACUUUAACAGUGUUUAGUAGGGAAUCAACGUUUUCUGUUGGAAUAUGUUCAUCGCCUUUUAACGCAACUGAUGUAGCAGCUAUUAUUCAAAAAGAAAGUAAUGUUUCUUAUGUUCUCGGAAAACUAGAUCAAGUCAAUCUUAUUCAAGGAGAUAAAUGGAUCCUUUUAACUUAUGAAAAUGGUGAUGAAUACGAUGCCAUUUGUAAUAAUUUAACACGAUCAGCUUCGAUUAUGUUUGUUUGUGGAUCAAAUAUGGUUGGUCUUACAAUUCUCCAAGCACAUACAACAUCUAAUCAACAGUGCAACUAUAUGUUUCAAUUGCAAGUUCCAGAGAUGUGCCCAAUUGUAGAGAAAGAUGAUAAAUUAAGUGGCGGUGCCAUCUUUCUUAUUGUUAUCGGUAGUUUAGCAGCUGCCUAUUUAAUUCUGGGAGCUGUGUAUAUGCACGUGAAACAUGGAGCCCGUGGUAUUGAACAUAUUCCCAAUUUAGAAAUGUGGCGUAAAAUGGGUGGUUUAGCUGCUGAUGGGUGUGAUUUUUGUUGCCGUUGUGAAAGGACUUCACCACGGGCUGGAUAUUUUUUUGAUGAAUCGGGACUGGACGCACAUGAUGAUGAUAUUCUUUCUCCAUGA